GCUGGGAGAAAAAGGAGCAGGAAAGAGCAAAGGAACAGAUAGAGGCAGGAAAAAGUCCAGCGCCGCGCGGGACCCCGCUGCUGCCGCCGGGGAGAAGGCGCGAGGGAGGCUCAGGGGCAGCCCCCAGGCCAGGCAGCCAGCCAGGCUCUUAUGGGAGGGCUGCAUGGGAACGGCGUAUUAAAGCGUCCCCAGCCCCGCACCGCCGCUCGCUCUCUCCGGGCCGGGGAGCAGGGGCUGCAGCCGGGGGCGGCGAUGAAGUCUCCCAGUUGAAGGAGCGGGAUCCGGGCGGAGACUGGAUCUGGCGCCGGGGCCAGGGCGGGCGCUGGUGCACCGGGGCGCUUCGGCAGCAGCCCUCGCUUCUGUGUCUCUUUCCCCGCUCCCCCGCGCGGCCCCCCGGGGCAGAUGGCUGUCCGCAGCGGUAACGCCUUGACGCCUUUCUCCAUCCAGGCCAUCCUCAACAAGAAGGAGGAGCGCGCUCAGCACUUGGCGGGGCGGCCGCCGCCGGCCACCCCCACCACGCCGGCUUGCUGCUGGAGGCUGUUCGGCGAGAGGGCGGGCGCGGGCGCGGCGGACGAGGCUUUGCUGCCGGCCCGGGCCUGCCCCCGGGCUGCUCCGGCGGCGGCGAGGACGAUGGGAGCCCCGGCGGGCUGGGAUUCGGACUCGGCCCUCAGCGACGACCACGAGGGCGAGAGGCGCUCGGAGGAGGAGAGCACCGGGGUGCCGCAGGGGCCGCCCGGCAACAGCGCCCGCUCCAGAGAGGCCCCUGGUCGGGGGCGGCCUGCGCGGGAGGCUCAGCCCAGGGAUCAGGAGGAAGAGCCCCCGGGCCUCAGUGACAGCGAGAUGUCGGCCAGCGUUUCAGAUCGCAGCCCGCCGGAGGAGGAGGACGGAGGCAGCAAGUGCGAGAAGCUGCUGGCCGGGGAGGAGGAGCAGGCGGCCCCCAAGCCGCGGAAGAAGCGCUCCCGGGCGGCCUUUUCCCACGCGCAGGUCUUCGAGCUGGAGCGGCGCUUCAACCACCAGCGCUACCUCUCGGGCCCGGAGCGAGCCGACCUGGCCGCCUCGCUCAAGCUCACCGAGACCCAGGUGAAGAUCUGGUUCCAGAACCGCCGCUACAAGACCAAGCGGCGCCAGAUGGCCGCGGACCUGCUGGCCUCGGCCCCGGCCGCCAAGAAAGUGGCGGUGAAAGUGCUGGUGCGGGACGAUCAGAGACAGUAUCACCCGGGGGAGAUGCUGAGGCCGCCCUCGCUGCUGUCCCUGCAGCCUUCCUACUACUACCCCUACUACUGCCUGCCCGGGUGGGCCCUGUCCACCUGCACCGCAGCCGCGGGGACUCCAUGAGACUGACCAGCCUCAGCCCUCUCCGAUCCAAAGCAACCCCGAGCCCCAGCUGCAGGACUGUAUGCACCGGACAGUAUUUAUUAUUAUUAUUAUUUUAUUUGAUUAUUUUUAUUAUUGUUAUUUGGGUAAUUUUCCCCCUCCCCCUCCUUUCCACGUUGUGACUUUUGCAAACUCCCCCUCCCCCCACCUCCCCAAGCCGAGGACUCUUCUAAUUCGGCACGACUCGUUCAUGGUAUCCAUGUUGUCACUCUAUUCCGUGUAGACUUGCUUGUUUGUUUUUGUUUUGCUGAUAUUGUUGCUCCGGAUUGAUAGAGAGCCGAAUCUGGUGUGAGAGAAAGGAAAAAGAAACCUAGAUCAGAACGGGAGAUCAAGGACUCCCCCCAUGGACUGAAAGGAAGAUUAUUUUUCUGUUUGUUGGUCUUCCAAAUCGUUGCAAACCGUGUGUGCCUUGUAUGGUGCUGAAUGUAAGGAACCUCUUUCAAAUCCCCCGUUCUCUUGUUGCCCGUGUUAUUCCUGUUCUUCAUGGUCCAUGGCAAAGGACAGAUGUGUCACAAAAGGGUGAGCCCUGUAUCAAAAAGCCAGACCUCUUUUCUCCCUCGGAUCUUUCCUUGGUGGGGGUUGGGGGAGGGAGAAGUAACGCGUUUUUAGCACUUUCCAGUUGUACUAAAGUUAUUAUUAUUUUUAUAUUCAAUGUGAAUAUUUCUAGUCAGGCUUUUUAAAAAUGGAGUUAAUGGGGAAAAUUAGUACCAUUCAGUGCCUUUUCUUUUUCUGUCUUUAAAUUCGUCAGCAAACCUAUCCUGUGGGUUUGUGAUCUACUUCAGUAAUAUAACAGUCUCUUUCUUACAAGGUAAUUCGUGGCUUUUUCCUCUUUUACUGGCACUGUGCACUCAACUAGAUUAUUUACUUUAAAUGAAUUGUGAAUGUUUGUAAGCUAUCCGCUGUACUUUUUUAAUUUAUAAACUUUAGUUUAACACAUA